UCUCAACUGCUCUUUAGCAUUAUUCCUUCAAACAAGCUAAGAACACAAAUUAAUUCCACUUUCCAAUAUUCUGUCAGUUACAGUACUCUCUGACCAACAUAUAUAAAUGGGGAGAACAAAAUCAUCCCUUCUUCAGAUUCAGCCUCCCACCUAUGGAAACUUGGUCACUAUUCUCAGCAUUGAUGGGGGUGGUAUUAGGGGCAUUAUUCCUGCAACUAUUCUCGAAUUCCUUGAAGCACAACUUCAGGAGUUGGAUGGUGAGUCUGCAAGGCUUGCAGAUUACUUCGAUGUGAUUACAGGGACAAGCACGGGCGGACUUGUAACCGCCAUGUUAAGUGCUCCAAAUGAUAAACAGCGUCCACUUUUUGCAGCAAAGGACAUCAAACCCUUUUACUUGGAACAUUGCCCCAUGAUCUUCCCACAACACAGGGGGCCUUUGGUAUCGAUAAGAAAUUUGUUCAAGACAAUAGGAGGACCAAAAUACAAUGGGAAGUACCUUCAUAAGGUGGUGAAGGAGAAGCUUGGGGAAAUUCGUGUGCAUGAGACACUCACCAAUGUUGUGAUUCCCACUUUUGACAUCAAAACAAUGCAACCAACCAUUUUCUCUUCUUAUAAGAUCAAGAGUUCCCCUUGCUUGGAUGCUCAACUCUCUGAUAUAUGCAUUAGCACCUCUGCUGCACCUACUUAUCUUCCCGCCUACCCUUUCAAGAACCAAGACUCUGAAGGGAAUGUGCAAGAAUUCAACCUUAUUGAUGGCGGUGUUUGUGCGAAUAAUCCGACUCUAGUAGCUGUGAAUGAAGUAACAAAGCAGAUCAUUAAUCAACAUCCUGACUUCUUUUCCAUCAAGCCCAUGGAAUAUGGUCGGUUCUUGAUAAUCUCACUAGGCACAGGGACAGCCAAGAAUGAACAGAAGUUCAAUGCAAAAAUGGCAGCCAAAUGGGGUCUAUUGGAUUGGUUAACCAAAAGUGGUUCUACUCCAUUGAUCGAAUUGUUUACUCAAUCAUCUGGUGAUAUGGUUGAUUUUCAUCUUUCAACUGUUACUCAAGCACUUAAUUCCCAAGACAAUUACCUCCGGAUACAGGAUGAUACGUUGGUGGGUACAGACUCUUCAGUUGAUGUCGCCACAAAAGAGAAUUUGGAAAGAUUGAGUCAAAUUGGUGAAAAAUUGUUGAAGAAACCUGUAUCUAAGGUCAAUUUAGACAAUGGUGAUUUGUUUGUGCCGGUUGAAAAUAGGGAGACCAAUGAAGAUGCUCUCAGAAGGUUUGCAAAAAUACUUUCAUAAGAAAGGAGACUCCGAGAAAUGAAGUCGCCUCACACUAAAAAGGCAUUUGCAUUGUGAAGAAACGUUUGCUCGUUGUUCAGGAAUUCUAUUAGGACUUGGUCUAUGUUAGUCAACAAGUUUGUAAAUUUCAUUUGUCUUUAUUUGUUCAUUUAUUUUAGUGCCAGUUUGUUUUAGAUUUUGUUUAUGUAAAGAGAAAGUGCCAUUCUGUAUUCAUUAACUGUAAAUUUUAAUUU